AGAAGGGUAAACUGUAAACAGUCAAGCAUCUUACUAGCUUGACAGACGCAGAUAAAGAAGCUUAUUAGAAAUGUAAUAAAAUAACGACUGUCAAAUAUAAAGGAAGAUGUCUGCCUUUAGCGCCGAGCUUAUCGACUAUCUGGAAGGGAGGAUAACUUUUGAGGAGUUUGACCGGAGGAGAGACGAAAGGAAAGCUCAGGAGGUUGGAGUUUCAGCUGAAGAUGGGGAGGAAGCACAGCCCUCCACCUCGAAACACAACCUCCCUCAAAUCGACGAAGGAGUCAGCCCAGGGGUCCAGCAAGCCUUCGCCUCCAUGCUGGGAGAAAGCGCAGAGCCCGUGUCUUCAGAUGAUGAAGAGGAGAACGAUAGCUUGAGCUAUGUUGAUGACAAGAAUGAUGAAGAUUAUGCCUUGGAUGAGGAAGAGGAAAAGCCAGACGUGACCGUGAAGUCCAAGAAGCCGAGAAGUAGGAAGGGCAAGGAAGAGAGUGAGGACAAAGAAAGCGAGGACAUGACCGUGGGGGACGUUCUCGCGCUGGAGAUGGAGCUGAACCGUGAAAACAAGAAGAUGAUGAAGGAACGACGCAACCGCAGCAAACUCCCCCGGGCACUCAGAGGCCUGAUGGGUGAGGCCAACAUACGCUACGCCAGAGGCGAGAAGGACGACGCCAUCGCCAUGUGCAUGGAGAUCAUACGACAAGCUCCUCUGGCCUAUGACCCUUUCUCCACGCUGGCCAUGAUCUACGAGGACCAGGGCGACACGGAAAAAGCUCUGCAGUUCAGUCUGAUCACCGCCCACCUGAAUCCCUCAGACUGUGAGGAGUGGAUCAGGUUAGCUGAGGUGUCGCUGGAGCAGGACAACGUCCAGCAAGCUCUGGUCUGCUACAACAAAGCCGUCAAGUACGCUCCCACCAACGUGCGCUACCUGUGGGACCGCUGUAGUCUCCUCAUGCGUCUGGGCGAGCACAAGCAGUGCAUGGACGGCUACCGUCGGAUCCUGUCCCUGCUGCCGAUGGAGGAGGGGGAGCAUUUCAUGCAGCUCUCCAAAGAUAUGGCCAAGAGUUAUUAUGAAAGCGGCGACCUGCCGUCAGCGCUCGGCGUGGUUGAGGAGGCUCUGGCACGACAUCCCAACUUGGUUAGCGAUGACAUCAUUAACAUGGCCGCUGAGCUCUACAUAACCAACCACCAAUAUGACAAGGCUUUGGAGGUUUUGGUCCAUUUUGUGGGCGUGGUUCUGGUCCACGAUGAAACUAGCUCCCGGUCUCUUGUAAAAGAUGAGAACGUAUCAGAGAAGGCCCCAGUGGAUGACAAUAACGAGGUGGAGACAAAGACUUCUGAGAAAGCAUCCGAGAGCAAGUCCCAAAUCAAGGAUGUCAGGGUUCCCGACAGCAUCCCGGUGGACCUGAAGGCCAAGCUGAUUGUUUGCCUCAUUUACAUGCGUGUCCAUGGACCCCUCGAGGCCCUGGUGUCCUCACUGAUGGAGCAGAGUGCAGAGGAGGUCGGGGACUUGUACCUGGAUGUGGGCGAAGCCUACCUGGAGAUCGGCGAAUACCUGUCUGCCCUACCUUUGCUGUCCGCGCUUGUCAUAUCUGAGAAAUAUAACCUGGCUGUGGUGUGGCUUCGUCAUGCAGAGUGCCUAAAGGCAUUGGGUGAGAUGGAGGCAGCGGCCAGAAGCUUCACAAAGGUGGUGGAGUUGGCGCCGCAGCACCUAGAAGCCCGGCUCUCUCUCGCCACCCUGCAGCAGCAGCUGGGCCGUCCUGAGUGCGCCCUGAAAGCCCUGGAGUCCAUGUACGACAACGAGACACUGGCACAAGACUCAUCGGCGGCGCAAAAGGAACUAAAGCUCCUCCUGCAUCGGUCCACGCUACUGAAAACCCAGGGACACAUGGAGGACUACCUGGAUGCCGUCAUCACCAUGAUCUCCAUGCUGCUCAAGGUGGCCAUGCAGCGUGCCAAGGUGUGCGUGCGAUCCGUCGUCGUGUCGGGCGAAAAUCACCUGCGUUUGGAGAAGGUGGAAGACAUGAUGUUGGACAUUGAUGAUCCAGAAGCUGCGUAUUUGGACAUAACAUGUAAAACCAAAGUGUUGUCCAAAGAGGACUGGUGGCAGCUGCUGCUGAGCUGCGUGCUCACUCUGUGCGAGGUGCGGCGUUUUAGAGAGGCCGAGCUGAUGGUGGACUCCGCCAUGGAGUUCUACAUUUUCUACGACAUCAAGCCCAGGAGGAAGGAGCUGGAGUUCCUCGGACUCUCGGCCAGCAUCCUGGACCGUAACUACUACAAGGCCUACAACUACAUCAGAUUGAUGCUGAUAGAAAAUGUGGAUCAGGCUCAGCUUUGGAAUAUAUUCAACCAACUGACAAUAACCUCCCAGCACCAACGGCAUCAUCGCUUUUGCCUGCGCCUGCUGUUGAAACAUCCCAACAACUACGCCCUGUGCUUCCUCUGUGGACACAACGCCAUGGUGUCAGGCAGCUUCAAACACGCCCUGGGCCAAUACGUGCAGGCCUUCCAGUCUCAGCCUGAUAAGCCGCUUUCCAACCUCAUGGUGGGCCUCACCUUCUUCCACAUGGCAUCCCAGAAGUUUGUUGCAAAGAGGCACACGCUGAUGGUGCAGGGUUUUGCCUUCCUGUGGCGUUAUGUGGAGCUGCGUGGCGAGUGCCAGGAGAGCAUGUACAACUUGGGCAGAGCGUUGCACCAGCUCGGCCUCACGCAUUUAGCCAUCCAUUACUACCAAAAGGCCCUCGCAUUGCCGGCACAGAAACUAGAGGGAAUUGCUGACGACCAAGUAGACCUGAGGAGGGAGGUUGCCUUCAACCUCUCCCUCAUCUACCAGGCCAGUGGCAACAUUGAGAUGGCCCACCAGCUCAUCUCCAAACACUGCAUCGUUUGACACCGCAUCAGCGGCUGUAGAUUAUCACCUGCGACGUGAACUACAGCACUGUAAAAAAAAUGUCGUAAAAAUCUAUUUUUAUAUAUUACUUUUUCCAAUGUAUUCUUUCUCCUGACAAAAUAAACUCAGAGGAAGUCUCACGUUUGGGUGACUGGAGUGAAGAGUAUGGGUAGUCUGUACUUUUAAAUAUGACUAAUAUGAUUGUCGUAAGGAAAAACAGGCCAUACUUGUGAAAACUUUAAUGCAUGAUAUUUUUUCAAGCCUUCACAAGACCUAUACCAAUAGUCAUCCCUCGUCUAUCGCCAUUAAUUGCUUCCAGCCAUGUUAAAUUAAUUUCCUUAGUGGACUGAAUAUUAAUAAAUGGAAUAUUUUCCUAGCUUGAGCACAGAAAACAUUUGGUAUCCGAUAAGAUACCAAAUCUAUCGCACUAAUUGUAAUGUACUUGUGUACAUUACAUUACAUUACAUAUGUAAAGUGUUUCAAUGAAAGUGCAAUUUUGCUAAUAAGCACAAUGUCCCAAAUAAAUCACAAUUUUGUUCUGUUACUUGAGACAAAAUAAGACACAAAAGUGACCAUACAUUUUUUGUGCGUACAAAAAUGAACAUCAGUUCCAGACAGUGGAUGCCAUGGAAAGCCAUCUUCCACCUGGAGCAACAUCCCACUGGCCUCAAGCAUGUCCAAACCUAUUUUUGAGGUUAAUAAUAAGAAUGCUGCACCUACUCAUUACUAAAUCCUUUUUGAACAUAUUUCUAUUUGAGGGGGGGUGG